AUGCCUGCAUACAUUACAUUAGCAACAUGUUCACUGAACCAGUGGGCUCUUGAUUUUUCAGGAAACUAUACUAGAAUUCAAGAAAGCAUUGAUCAGGCCAAAGCCGCUGGUGCCUGUUAUCGUCUUGGUCCCGAACUCGAGAUUCCUGGCUAUGGAUGCAACGAUCACUUUCUUGAAGCUGAUACACACCAGCACUCAUGGGAGGUGCUUGCUAAAUUAUUGGAAAACCCACAGAAUGUUGGAAUUACUUGUGAUGUUGGCAUGCCAGUAAUGCAGCGAGGUAUUCUAUACAAUUGCAGGGUUAUAUUUCGUGACCACACUAUUGUGAUGAUCCGUCCAAAGAUGUUCAUGGCAAAUGACGGCAACUACCGAGAAAUACGAUGGUUCACGCCAUGGUCUGAAUAUAAAAAACUUGAUCAACUGUGCCUUCCCAAGAUCAUUUCAAAACUCAACGGACAAACGAGUGCUCCAUUUGGAGAUGGAGUUGUGGCAUUUUCAGAUGCAGUAAUUGGCACAGAGAUAUGCGAGGAACUGUUUACACCGCAUAGUCCACAUGUGCAAAUGUCUUUGGAUGGUGUUGAAAUAUUUACAAACGGCAGUGCAAGUCAUCAUGAGUUUUGUAAACUUGAACAACGUGUACAGCUCAUCAAAAGUGCUACUGAAAAGUGCGGGGGUAUCUAUCUGUACUCAAAUCAGAAAGGAUGCGAUGGAGAGCGUGUAUACUAUGAUGGAUGUCCUUUGAUUGUGCUGAACGGCGAUGUUGUUGCACAAGGUGCUCAAUUUUCAUUGGCGGAAGUGGAGGUGAUCACAGCAACGGUGGAUCUUGAUGAUGUGCGUGCAUACAGAUCUGGGCUGGUUAGCCGCUCUUUGCAAGCUGCAUCGAUCAAGGAGCACUUUCCAGUCGUUCAUCUAGACGUGUGUCUGACAAGCGAGUCGAUUUUUAAUGGAAAGUCGCUUGCUCAACCAUGCUCUGUAAAAUAUCAUAGCCCGUCUGAAGAAAUCCGGCUUGGUCCUGCGUGUUGGCUUUGGGACUAUUUGCGUCGAACACAGUCAGGCGGCUAUUUUCUUCCACUUAGUGGUGGUAUUGAUAGCUGCUCGUCUGCUUUGAUAGUGUUUUCCAUGUGCGAGCUUGUUCAUGCACGUCUUGAUUGUUCAGAUAAAAAGGUGAUUCAAGAUCUUGAAGCCAUUGUGGGUGCCAGUAUUGAUACAAGCAGCAUGUCGCCAUCCAAGAUCUGUGGAUUACUGUUGCACACAUGCUAUAUGGGAACGAUCAAUUCAAGUAAUGCUACACGAGACCGGGCUGCUAUUUUAGCCAAGCGUAUUGGCAGUUGGCAUCUGUCCAUCAAUAUUGAUGCAGGUGUGGAUGCUAUUAUGGGCAUAUUUCAACUAGCAACAGGCACAUCACCCAAGUUUCAUGUACAUGGAGGUUCAGUGCGAGAAAACAUUGCUCUUCAAAACAUCCAGGCUCGUUUGAGAAUGGUGAUAGCGUAUCUAUUUGCACAGUUGCUUCCAUGGACUCGUGAUCGUCGGUCAUCUCUACUUGUUCUUGGCAGUGCUAAUGUGGAUGAAAUGCUAAGGGGCUAUUUGACCAAAUAUGAUUGCUCGAGCGCGGAUUUGAAUCCACUUGGUGGUAUCAGUAAAGUCGAUCUUGUCGAGUUUGUCAAGCACAUGGCAGAAUCAGUGCCUGAAUUGGAUAUUUUGAGCGAAUUUGUCAGUGCACCUCCUACUGCAGAGCUUGAACCCAUUACUUUGCAACACGUUCAAACAGAUGAGGAUGAUAUGGGAAUGUCAUACAAAGAUCUGUCAGUAUUUGGUACGCUUCGCAAAAUAUCAAAAAUGGGACCUGUUUCAAUGUUCCAGCGACUUCUUCACGAUUGGGGUAGCAUGUUUUCUCCAACAGAGAUUGCUGCAAAAGUCAAGCGCAUGUUUUUUUUCUACUCCAUCAACCGGCACAAGGCAACCAUUAUGCCACCAGCCUAUCACAUGUCCAGCUAUUCUGCAGAUGAUAACCGUUUCGAUAUGCGUCCAUUCCUGUACAAUGCUUCAUGGAAGUGGCAGUUUGAGAAAAUAGAUGACAAGGCAAAGUAUGCACAAGAGUGAAUACAAAAUAGUUCAUUCUGUGAUAUUCGUUUGCUGCUACAUUAAACAAUGUUUCUCAACACCAGAAUAACUAUCAAGAUUUUCAAAGUACAAAUAAUAAAAUAUGAG